AGGUAAUAAAUCGAAUCAAAAUAAACUUAAAAAUGUCAUUCACAAAAUAGAUUCCCGCGUGUUUAUUGUUCUGAUAUGUAAUAAUGGUAGUUCUAGUGUAAUAAAUACAAGAAGUGCAGAUUCAUGGAUGCUCAUGAAUUCGGAAACUGACUCUCCACGGCGACUAGUACGGAGGAGGACGAAACCAAAGAAAUAUGGUGACUUCUUGGAAUCAUCCCCGACUAAACGAAGAGUGGAAAGAGAACUGGAAAGCUCUGAUGAGGAGAAUAUUGAUGAAACUCAGCAGCUCAAACCAACAGCGUUGUUCAGCAUUGAUGAUGUUGAAGGCCAAGACAUUUUUAAAUUCAAGUCUCGGCACACCAAACUGGAUUUACAAAACAAAGUCAAAGCUACAAUUGUUAGUUCACCUAAAGUUGUGGAAUCCCCACUAAGGACUCCUAGAAAAAGCCUUGUGAAGGGGUCCUUAGUCAGUCCAUUUGGUAAAGGAGAAGCUACUCCUAAACAUGUUAAGGAGAUUUUGAAAAAGAGAAUCAUAAAGGAAGUGGAGAGUGACAGUGCUGAGAGUGACUUCUCAGCCAGUAGCAGCGAUGACUUCGUACCUGAUGAGAGUGACAAAGAAAAUGAGACUGCAUUAUCAUCAGCAAGUGCUUCUGAAGAGGAGGAAGAAAUGCCAAGGAAACCAGCUGAGAAACAGCAAGCAGCGCGACACAAGAAUUCACGAGGCAAGAAGGAUUCUGAAUACAUCGUCACCCCUGACAAUUACUUCAUGAUGCAUUCCAGCAAAAAGAUAGCCACAUCCGACCACACAUUAGCAAGACUGAAAAACAUGAAUCUCAAUGGAAAUUUGGAUGAACACAUCCACAUAUCAGAAGAACAUAAAAAGUGCAUUUCAGAACUAAACCAGUCCCAUAAACAGCUGUUUGACAAAUGGCUCUACGUUUUGAGCGAAAAUUUCAACAUAGUCCUUUAUGGUAUUGGGUCUAAGCGCUUGAUCUUACAACAAUUUCAAGUCGAGAAGUUGCAAAAAUUCCCGUGUAUUGUCGUCAAUGGAUUUUUUCCAAGUCUAACAAUAAAGAGCAUUUUGGAAAGUAUUAUAAUUGAUUUGUUAGGAAAUACUACAGUGCCUUCAAAUGUGGGAGACAUUGUGAGUCUUAUAGACAGUCAAUUGACGGAGAGUGGGACCGAUUUGUUCUUAAUGAUUCAUAAUAUUGAUGGGUUGAUGCUGCGCAAUGCUAAGGCACAGGCAAUGUUGGCGAGCCUGUCGCAAAUUAACAACGUCCACACUGUAGCGACGAUUGACCAUAUCAACGCGCCGUUAUUAUGGGACCAUUCGAAGCUGAGCAAGUUCAAGUUCACGUGGUGGGACGCGACGACCUUCCAGCCGUACUCCGCGGAGACGUCCUUCGAGAACUCCCUGAUGACGCAGCGCAGCGGCGCGCUACAGCUCUCCUCGCUACGAAGCGUGUUCCAGUCCCUCACUUCCAACGCUAAAGGCAUCUACAACGUCAUCAUACAGUACCAACUUGAGAAUCAUAAACAGGCGAAUUAUCAAGGUUUGCCUUUCAAAGAUCUGUAUUCGAAGUCUCGCGAGCAGUUCCUAGUCAGUUCCGACCUGGCCCUCCGAGCUCAAUUGACAGAGUUCCUAGACCACAAGUUGGUGAAGAUGAAGAGAACUUACGAUGGCAGCGAGAACCUCAUUAUACCGAUCGACACCUCGCUGUUGCAGCAGUUCUUGGAGCAACAAGAUAGCUGAUGUUUGUACUCUUGGGGAUAAUUUAUGUUAUACUGCAUGAAUUGAAGUACCCACGGUAUAAGAACACCAGGUAUGCUCAAAACUGACAGCUAACAUUUCAAGGCUAGCCCAGCUGACGUCCUAUCACCCUGCGUUGCCAUUUCGUAAAAAAAAUAUGUAUCCACGACCAUUGUUAUAUUUAUUUUGCAAGGAAAUUUUAGUAAAAGAGUUACUUACAGAUUUUUAUAUAUGUAUGUGUCUUGAAAUUAAGUGACUGAUGUAUUUAAUUACUAUUACAAUAAUAAAAUUUAAGUCCUUGGAAUGUUGCAGAUACCAAUUUAAUGUUAACACAUACGUUAUCAAAGGGCUAGCAAUGGCGGCUUGUCAUAGGAUUGAGCAUAUCUGGUCUUAUACCAUGGUAUUGCUAUCGGUAGUUAAAAAAAAAACAAUAGUAUCUAUAGUUAGUCACUAUCUGACUAUUGCAACAACUAUCGAUAGUCCUUGCAAUGAGGAACUUUCCAUAUAUCGUGGGUGAUAUUGCAAACGGACGUGUCUGCAGUAUUUGCUAAAAUUAUUUGUCUUAGGGUGCAAAUGGGUGAAUAUCAAACUUUCAUAUUUUUUUCGUGAAAAAUUGGGUUCCGACAUGAAAAAACAACAACAAGGAACAAGUUACCUCGUAGCUAGAACUAUCCUUUUUCAUAGAAAAAAUAAUAUGAAAGUUCGCCACCAAACUUGACAUUUUGAUUACAAUUUAAAAUUUUAGAUACGUCAGUUAGUGACGUCAGCGAUGAUAUAUUUUCUCCACUUUAUACCAACCUAUAAGUACCUACCUCUCUCGCUUCCUGCUGCCACGCCGCUAAGUGAGUAUCUCCUCUUGUUAUAUCCAAACCCACCUUAUACUUAUUUAUUGAAAUAAAACCAUAAAAUGUA